AUGAAUGAAGCUCCAGUAACUAAUCCAGCAAAUUCAACAAAUCUAGUAGAAAGACCAGUCUCGCCUGCAAAUAUCAAGGAUCUUUUAAAUGAAUUAAACAAAUUAACAAGAACAGUUCCUAAUUUAUCAGAUGAACUUCCUGAGGAUCAUGUUAAAAUUCAGAUAGAUGAAGCUCAAGUAACUAAUCCAGCAAAUUCAACAAAUCUAGUAGAAAGACCAGUCUCGCCUACAAAUAUAGAAAGCCCAGUUCCAGCUCCGUCACAAAAUCUGCCAGACAAUAAAUCUAGUAUACCAAAUCUAGUAGUUAAACAAGACAAUAAUUCUAGUAAAUCCAGCGAAUUUGGAGUUAUAAAUUGUUUAGUAUAUAUCCUUUGUCUUCCUUAUUAUAUUUGUUGCUGUUUAUGGAAUUGUUUAGAUAAUUGUUAUGGAGGUUGUUCUGAGAAAAAAGCACUUAUUAGUUUUGGAGUAUUAUUAGUAGUUGGUUUUAUAAUUCUUUUGAUUAUUUCAGUUUUGUCUGCCCUGGGUGCUUGCUGUGGAAAUCCAGUUUUAGCUGGAAUUGGUGAUAUUGUCUUGUUAGUAAUAAUUUGUGGGAUUUGUGCUGGCUGCGGCCGUAAUUAA